AUGGAAGACGAGGGUUCGCUCGACGACCUGCUGAACGCUUGUGGCGACAUCGAUGACGAGCCAGAGGACGUUCCUCCGCCGCCGGUCGCGUCGCGGACGGCCGAGCGCAAGCCGCCUCCGCCCAAUCAGCCACCUCGCACUGCGCCGCCUGCGCCGCCUCUCGACAGGGUGGCAGCCAGCGACCCGGUGGCUGCUUUUACUGGCAAGUUUGGCGCCAACACGGGCGCUGCCAGCACCGCGCCGGCCGACUUGAGCAUCGAGGAGUUCUCGAAGAUCAAGAUUGAGCCAAAGCGGAGGAAGGUCUCUCGCGACGAGCUGAGGACGUUGGCAGCCGGCGCGACUUUCAAGAGGCUGGAGCCGCUGGCGAGUGGGCGAGACGGGCCGCCGGCGGAGGGGAGUGAGUGGUUCACGAUCGGCGUGCUGGUCAAGAAGAGCGACCCGAAGACCGCCAAAAGCGGCAAGGGCUUCAUCGUCUGGGAGCUCUCCGACCUCGUCGACCCGUCCGUCACGCUGAACGUGAUGCUGUUUGACGGCGCGGGCGGCGCGUAG